AGCGGGUCAUUACGGAAACAUGACACGGGUAUUAUAUAUAUAAAAAUAUUUUAUAAGACACUCAGAAAAAGAUAGAGAAGAGAUACAAUAGACAUAUCAUGGAACUUUCUCAUGCAGGAGAGAGUAGCACGGAUUAUAAUCAAACUUCUCAUACUCUAGAUGGCCAAAAUACUGCACAACGUCGAGUGUACCAACAAAUAAACAGAAAUGCCGCAAGUGUUGAUUUCGAAAAUAAGUAUGACCAGUUAUCACCUAGAACUAUUGUAAAAACUCAAUCACAUCAUGAAUAUUUACAAUUGCCUGAACUCAGCAACACGGAUAUGGGAAGUGAUAAUAUAAAACAUGAUUACUUGAGAGUGUAUGGAUCGGUCAAAACUAAUCAACUACCCAUUAGACAAGACGAUUCUCUUCAUAAAAAUAAUGCAGACACAGAAAACAAACAUAUGAAUAGAAGUGAGCAGGACAUUAUUGAAUUUGAUUCAAUUCGUCUACAUGAAAACACAUAUGAUGAAAUAGAUGAUACGGUUGUACCAAACUUGAAUCAUGCCUAUCAAUUGGAUAGUGAAACACAUUUGGACGGUACAAUAUUACAAACACAUAAUGACCGGGCAAAUACGGAGAUACGUCAAAAUGAGAUUUCGAAGCAAAGAUACUGUACAUGGAAACAAAAAUGUAUGUUGUCUGCAUUGGUGUCAGGAAUUACAAUUAGCAUAGCUGUUGGGAUCAUUAUAUACAUGCUACUUAACAAAGAUUCACAAAAAGCUUCAGGCAUUCCAACUGUUACAAUUCAACAGACAUCUUACUCUGUGAACAAUGGAAGUAAAAUUAUUUUAUCAUGUUCUGUAUCAUCAACUACAACUGUAACAAGUAUUACUUGGCAGAAAACAGUCGACAGUGCUAUCACUACAAUUACAUCCAAUACCAACACCAACAAAUACAGCGGCAGUACUUCAUCUAAUCCAUCGCUCACCAUAUUCAAUGCAGAUUCAAAGGAUGCUGGAACAUAUAGAUGUUUUGCUUCAAACAGUGCUGGUACAGGACAAAGUGCUAACACAGCAAGUCUGUCUGUUACCUCAAAUACUGUUCCAAUAGUGACCAUUACACAGUCAUCCUACUCAGUCAAUUCAGGAAGUUCUGUGACCUUGGCAUGUACUGUAUCGUCAACAACAACUGUAACAAGUGUAACCUGGCAGAGAACAGUCAAUAGUGCUAUCACUACAAUCACAUCCAAUACCAACACCAACAAAUACAGCGGCAGUACUUCAUCUAAUCCUUCACUCACCAUAUUCAAUGCAGAUUCAAAUGAUGCUGGAACCUAUAGAUGUUUUGCUUCAAACAGUGCUGGUACAGGACAAAGUGCUAACACAGCAAGUUUGUCUGUUACCUCAAAUACUGUUCCAACAGUGACCAUUACACAGCCAUCCUACUCAGUCAAUUCAGGAAGUUCUGUGACCUUGGCAUGUACUGUAUCGUCAACAACAACUGUAACAAGUGUAACCUGGCAGAGAACAGUCAAUAGUGCUAUCACUACAAUCACAUCCAAUACCAACACCAACAAAUACAGCGGCAGUACUUCAUCUACUCCUUCACUCACCAUAUUCAAUGCAGAUUCAAAUGAUGCUGGAACCUAUAGAUGUUUUGCUUCAAACAGUGCUGGUACAGGACAAAGUGCUAACACAGCAAGUUUGUCUGUUACCUCAAAUACUGUUCCAACAGUGACCAUUACACAGAUAUCCUACUCAGUCAAUUCGGGAAGUUCUGUGACCUUGGCAUGUACUGUAUCGUCAACAACAACUGUAACAAGUGUAACCUGGCAGAGAACAGUCAAUAGUGCUAUCACUACAAUCACAUCCAAUACCAACACAAACAAAUACAGCGGCAGUACUUCAUCUAAUCCAUCGCUCACCAUAUUCAAUGCAGAUUCAAAGGAUGCUGGAAUAUAUAGAUGUUUUGCUUCAAACAGUGCUGGUACAGGACAAAGUGCUAACACAGCAAGUCUGUCUGUUACCUCAAAUACUGUUCCAACAGUGACCAUUACACAGCCAUCCUACUCAGUCAAUUCAGGAAGUUCUGUGACCUUGGCAUGUACUGUAUCGUCAACAACAACUGUAACAAGUGUAACCUGGCAGAGAACAGUCAAUAGUGCUAUCACUACAAUCACAUCCAAUACCAACACCAACAAAUACAGCGGCAGUACUUCAUCUACUCCUUCACUCACCAUAUUCAAUGCCGAUUCAAAUGAUGCUGGAACCUAUAGAUGUUUUGCUUCAAACAGUGCUGGUACAGGACAAAGUGCUAACACAGCAAGUCUGUCUGUUACCUCAAAUACUGUUCCAACAGUGACCAUUACACAGAUAUCCUACUCAGUCAAUUCGGGAAGUUCUGUGACCUUGGCAUGUACUGUAUCGUCAACAACAACUGUAACAAGUGUAACCUGGCAGAGAACAGUCAAUAGUGCUAUCACUACAAUCACAUCCAAUACCAACACCAACAAAUACAGCGGCAGUACUUCAUCUAAUCCAUCGCUCACCAUAUUCAAUGCAGAUUCAAAUGAUGCUGGAAUAUAUAGAUGUUUUGCUUCAAACAGUGCUGGUACAGGACAAAGUGCUAACACAGCAAGUCUGUCUGUUACCUCAAAUACUGUUCCAACAGUGACCAUUACACAGCCAUCCUACUCAGUCAAUUCAGGAAGUUCUGUGACCUUGGCAUGUACUGUAUCGUCAACAACAACUGUAACAAGUGUAACCUGGCAGAGAACAGUCAAUAGUGCUAUCACUACAAUCACAUCCAAUACCAACACCAACAAAUACAGCGGCAGUACUUCAUCUACUCCUUCACUCACCAUAUUCAAUGCCGAUUCAAAUGAUGCUGGAACCUAUAGAUGUUUUGCUUCAAACAGUGCUGGUACAGGACAAAGUGCUAACACAGCAAGUCUGUCUGUUACCUCAAAUAGUGGAGUUCCAACAGUCUCUAUUCCAAUUACAACUUACUCAAUCAAUGCUGGAGGACAAGUAACAUUAGCAUGUUUAAUAACGUCUUCCUCUGCACUUAACUCAGUAUUUUGGCAGCGCACUUCGAAUGGAUUUAUUACCACCAUUAAUUCCAAUACAAAUACAAACAAGUACAAUGGUUCUACUACAUCUGUACCAGGACUUACCAUAUUGAAUACAGACAGUAAUGACCAGGGCACUUACCAUUGUUUCGCAAGUAAUGCCUUUGGAACAGGACAAAGUCCUACUAUUGCAGCAUUGGCUGUAAACACUCCAGGUACCCCAACUGUGACAAUUCAACAGACAUCUUACAUUGUGAACAAUGGAGGAUCAAUUAUGUUAAUAUGUUCUGUAUCGUCCACUACAACUGUAACCAGUGUUACCUGGCAGAGAAUAGUCGGAAGUACUGUCACUACAAUUACAUCAAAUACCAAAACCAACAAAUACAGCGGCAGUACUUCAUCUGUUCCUUCACUCACCAUAUUUAAUGCAGAUUCAAAUGAUGCUGGGACCUAUAGAUGUUUGGCUUCAAACAAUGUGCUACAGCAACAACUCUGA